AAGAUAGCGGUGGAGGACGCUGAGAAGCCACCGGAGCAGUACGAUACACUUCAGGAGUUCUUCGCGCGACGCCUGAAACCGGGACUCCGACCCAUACACAGCCUGCGCGACUCCACCAUCGCAGUGAUGCCCGCUGACUCCCGUUGUGUGGUGUACGUCGACGUGGACCGCGCACGGAGGUUCUGGAUCAAGGGCCGCAAUUUCAACGUGGCGGCGCUGCUGGGGCGGCCGCAGCUGAAGAGCGCCACUAUUUGGGACGACUGCGCCAUCGCCAUCAACCGCCUCUCCCCAACGGACUGCCACCGGCUGCACGCGUCUGUUGGGGGCCGGGUGGUGCGUGUCGAAACACACGGUCACGAGUUCAUGGGCAGUGAGUGGGCGGCCACCCACAGCUCCGUCAACGUGAUGACAGAGAAUGAGCGGCUGGUAAUGGAGUUUGAGAGUGAGGAGUUCGGACCGGUGGUGCAGGUCAUGAUCGGCGCCAGUGAGGUGGGCAGUGUGCAGGCCCUGGUGAAGCCGGGGGCGUGGGUCACCAAGGGAGAUGAGGUGGCCUUGUUUGCAUACGGAGGAUCUCUAAUGGCGACGCUGUUCGUGGCCGGCACCAUUAAGUUUGACGAGGACCUGCGACGUCAUACGGCAUCUGGGUACGAAACGCUCGUCAAGUACGGAAGCUCGCUGGGCAAGUCGACCGGCGGCUGGCAGCGCCGGAUAGCACCCGCUGAAUCGACGGCGGCGGCGGAGGCGGAGAAGCAGGAUGGAUGA